GGGAAGAGUAUCAAAGAAUUGAAUUUGGCGUUAACGAAGUUAUCGAGACCCAGUCAUCUGUACUAAAUAACACCGACUACAGUAUUUCCAGUACCCUGAAUCCUCAGGCUCCAGAAUUCAUUCUCAGCUGUGCACCUGCUCAGAAAACCCCUGACGACAGUCUCAGUGAAACAAACUACAACUCCAUUGACUGCCAGUUCACCGACCCGACCCUCGCUUUGGACAGCGGCUCCAACGCUGAAAAUGAUGGCUUGUCUGGAGGCCUUGGGCAAAGGGAGCGUAAAAAGAAGAAAAAAAGACCGCCCGGAUACUACAGCUACUUGGAAGACGUCAGCGACGGCAUCGCUCCCGCCGAAGCUCUCGUAAACGGCCACGCCAACUCGUCGGGACUGAACAGUAUAAGCACGGAGGAUACGGAACUGACGGGAGACAUAACCUCCCUGGCCACACCAAGGACUUGCAACAGCCCGGACAAUUCUGUGGACUUCAUUAACGAAGCUGUGUCUGAUGAUUCUGUUUCUAGCGCACUAGACAAUACCAGGACUGCAGGGCAGCCUGAGGUAUGCCGUGUUACUAAUUCUGAACAGUUUUGCAUCCCCUCAGAGACUGGCAGAGAUAGCCCCUUAAGGACAGCUGUUGUACAGUCUUAUGCUGGUACUGAUACUACUGAAAAUGUUGGCGUUACUAAUGGACAAACACUUGAAUCCUCUGGUGAGGACACAGCUGCCAAUGGGGUAGAAUUGCACACUGUGGAAAGCACUGACUCAGACCAAGCUAAGCCUGAGGAAGCUUCACCUACUACUGAGGCAACAGUCCCGCUUGCAGGAUCAGUCCCUGUUAAUCAGCCUGCAAAAUCGUGGGCUAGUCUUUUUCACAAUUCCAAGCCCUCUGCUUCCACAUCUGUGGUCUAUGUUGAGACUAAAUAUACCCCUCCUGCCACAUCUCCUCUGGUCCCUGAAAAACAGGUUGAAGUCAAAGAGGGACCUGUUCCAGUUUCAGAGGAUCCCGUAGCCAUAAAGAUUGCAGAAAUACUGGAAAAUGUAAGACUAAUACAUAAACCGGUGUCUUUGCAACCGCGAGGGCUGAUCAACAAAGGAAACUGGUGCUACAUCAAUGCUACCCUGCAAGCCCUGGUUGCUUGCCCUCCAAUGUAUCAUUUAAUGAAGUCCAUUCCAAUGUAUUCGAAGUCGCAGCGGCCGUGUACCUCAACACCAAUGAUAGACAGUUUUGUUCGUUUAAUGAAUGAGUUCACUAAUAUGCCUGUACCUCCUAAAGCAAAACAAGCUUUAGGCGAUAAAAUUGUGAGAGACAUCCGACCGGGAGCUGCCUUUGAACCUACAUACAUUUAUAGACUGCUGACAGUUAUAAAGUCCAGUCUGUCAGAAAAGGGCAGGCAAGAGGAUGCUGAAGAAUACUUGGGAUUUAUCCUCAAUGGACUCCAUGAAGAAAUGCUGACCCUAAAGAAACUUCUCUCUCCACACAAUGAAAAACUCUCAGUUUCCAAUGGCCCUGAGGCUCAGACUGUUCAAGAAGAGGAGGAGCAAGAUGAACAAGGGGAAGGCAGUGAGGAUGAAUGGGAACAAGUGGGACCUCGUAACAAAUCAUCAGUCACUCGACAGGCUGACUUUGUCCAGACUCCAAUUACUGAUAUUUUUGGUGGUCAUAUAAGGUCUGUUGUUUACCAGCAGAGCUCCAAGGAGUCUGCCACACUGCAGCCUUUCUUCACCCUGCAACUGGACAUCCAGUCAGACAAGAUUCGCACAGUGCAGGAUGCGCUGGAAAGUUUGGUGGCGAGAGAGUCUGUCCAGGGCUAUACCACAAAAACCAAGCAAGAGGUGGAGAUCAGUCGAAGAGUGACACUAGAAGAACUCCCCCCUGUUCUUGUUUUACACCUCAAGCGGUUUGUAUAUGAGAAAACUGGUGGAUGCCAGAAGCUUAUCAAGAAUAUUGAGUAUCCUGUUGAUCUGGAAAUUAGUAAAGAGCUACUAUCUCCUGGUGUGAAAAGUAAAAUUUUUAAAGGCCAAAGAACCUACCGGCUCUUUGCAG